CAGUUACCUGCUACAGACCCCGUGAAGAAUGUUUCGGUGUGAUGAGAACUAAUAACCACUGAAUGAUACAUGCUCUUCAACAUACCUCAUUGCCUCAGUGAAUAUCAAAACCAACUCGUGACUAAGCAGGAAAGACGGGGUUGCAGCUGGAUUGUGACUGUUUGCAGGAUAAUCACCACACAAUCUGUGCUAGCGUCUAUGGAGUAAAUGGAAAACAAUACGUCUGCCUCUUAUUUUAACCUCACAAUGUUUUUGAACAUAGGCAACUAUCGAUACCCAGCAUUUGUCUUGUGUCUCUUGCUGUGUGCUUUUAUUAUCUCUGCUAAUCUUGUCAUAAUAGUGGCAAUAGCACGAGAGAAAAGCCUCCAUGAGCCCAUGUAUAUUUUCAUUUUGUUUCUCUCCGUGAACUCACUGUACGGCACUGCUGGCUUUUUCUUCAGAUUUCUCAGAGACCUUCUGUCUGACUCUCAUUUGAUCUCAAGACCAGCUUGCUUCACUCAGAUCUAUGUCAUUUACACCUAUGCAUCCUAUGAGCUUACCCUUUUAGGAAUAAUGGCAUAUGAUCGAUAUGUUGCUAUAUGUCAGCCUUUACAUUACCACAACAAAAUAACUGCCAGAAUGAUCUGUAAGUUGUUUGUCAUUGCAUGGAUCUACCCGGCGGUGGCUGUUGGGACAUGUGUUUAUUUGUCCUCCAGGCUUCCACUAUGUGACAAUAAGAUACCAAAGGUUUUCUGUGCCAACUGGAACAUAGUAAAAUUGUCAUGUGUCUCUACUGUGCUCAAUAAUCUUGUUGGCAUGUUUGUUUCCACAAGCACAGUCUUUCUGCCCCUGGCUUUUGUCCUGUAUACAUAUAUACGUAUUUUCCUUAUUUGCAGGAAAUGCUCUCCAGAGUUCAAGAGCAAAGUCAUACAAAGCUGCCUGCCACACAUUAUUACUUUUGUCAAUUAUUCUGUUACUGUGUUUUGUGAUGUUUCCCUCAGUAGAAUUAAUCUUGAAGAACUUAAUCCAUUGCUAGCGAUUAUUCUGUCACUGGAAUUUGUUGUGAUUCCUCCCAUUUUGAAUCCUCUUGUGUACGGCUUAAAGUUACCAGAAAUUAGAAAAAUCAUGUUAAGAACGUUAUGUUCAAAACCUGCCCAAGCAGUUAAAGCUUAAAAAUAAGAAUAACAUAAUUAACCUGUUCUGUUGCUAUAAAUAUAAGAAUUCUUUAAUCAUUACUGUAAAAAUUGUUAUUAACACACUACAAUACUCUCAUGUGUGUCAUAGUAAAGGGUCAGAAUACUGUGCAAAUUUUCUUUUAAUCAUCCUGUAAUUGAAAUAUUAAAGUGUUUUUUUUUCCCUCUUCAUUAUUUUCAAAAAGUAUUUUACUGUGUUGAUUUAAACAUAAAAAGUUCAUGUUGCUUGACUAUUAUACAGGCACUACUAAAUUACAGACAAAAGGUUUGUGAAGAGAAGUGCAGUUACUGUUUUAACUCAAACGGCAAUUCGAAAAUAUUAUUUUGAAUGUUGGAUUAUGGACAUUUUGAAAUGAAAAUAAGGUCUGAUUCAGGUGAGUUUUACAAGUGCUUGGACUGUUUUACACUUUUGUGUAUACAGGAAAAUUAAAAAAUUAAGU